AUGAUAAAUGUGGCAUCUGCAAAAUUAAUUCUAUUAAAAGAUGUUGGACAAUGUCAGAAAAAUGAUUCAGUUCGUAUAACUGGAAUUUGGAAAAGUUAUAAUCCAGAUAAACAAAUUGCGAUUAUUGAAUAUAAUGAUGAUCAUGUAGAAAUAGAUACAAGUCAUUUAACAUCCAUUCCAUAUUUUGAAGAUGAAGUGAUUCAAUGUGUAGGAGAAAUUAGUAAUCAAAACCCAACAUGCAUUAAUGCGAGAUUUAUUAGAUCAAUGAAUACAAUAGAUAUGGAUCUUUAUGAAAAAGUUAUAGAAUUAAGAAACAAAGUUAUUUAA